AUGCCUCACUACGAUGAAGAGGAGUCCACCGCAGAGCUAGUAGCUCCGGAUGUUCCCUUGGCGAGUCAUUCUGGCUUGUCCCCCCGGGCUGCUGCCCUGCCAAUUCCCAGUCAUGCAGACAACACCAUCAGUAUCCCAGCCUCGCGCAGCUCCAUGGGUGAUGCGGGCUCCCUGAUGCACAAUUUGAGUCUCUCGCCUUCAACGAAGGCGCGGCGAGGCUCGCGAAACUCCUUCGGGACCUCACUGCCCAUUCCGCGCUCGCCCCGUCGAUCCCGGGCCUCAUUGCAGCGGGCUGCCCCGGCCGUAUCGCGGGAUAUCCUGGCCUCCCAGGUGCAGGAUAUGGCCAAGGAGAAAGUGGCGAAUGCCAAGAACAUGGCGUUUGUCUUUGACAUUGACGGUGUGCUGGCACACGGCAAUGAGCCCAUUGAACCAGCCAAGGAGGCCCUGAAGAUGCUCAAUGGUGACAAUGAGCUCGGGAUCAAGAUCCCUUACAUUUUACUCACCAACGGCGGCGGAAAGCCCGAGGUUGCCCGUUGUGAGCAACUGUCGGAGAUCCUGGAAGUGCCCAUCUCGACGGAUCAGUUUAUCCAGUCGCACACUCCCAUGCAGGCCCUUGCAGAGUACUAUGAGACGGUACUGGUCUGCGGCGGUGAAGGUGUACAGGCCCGUGAAGUAGCUCAAACCUAUGGUUUCAAGAACCCCGUCCAUCCCAAGGAUAUCCUCGCCUGGGACCCGAGCGCUUCACCGUGGCGAGUGUUCUCUGACGCAGACCGCGCCAUGACAAAGCCGCAGGACUUUUCCCAGAUCAAGUUCGACGCGAUCCUGGUCUUUGCAGACUCGCGCGACUACGCCACCGACAUGCAAUUGAUUCUCGACCUGCUGCUCGCAGAAGACGGCAAGCUCCUCACUCGCGCCCAGGAUCCCGUCUCCAGCCGGAUCCCCAUCUACUUCUCCCAGGGUGACUUGGUCUUCCCAACCGAGCACAAGGGCCCUCCCCGAUUGACCCAGGGCGCCUUUCGCAUUGCCAUCGAAGCCCAAUACAAGGCCCUCACAGGCGUUGAACUGGAGCGCGUUGUCUACGGCAAGCCCGAGCGCGCGACCUACACCUACGCUGAUGAAGUGCUGCGGUCGUGGAUGGAGCAAAUCCACAAUGAGAACAAGCUGCCUCAAAACAUUUACAUGAUUGGCGAUAACCCCCAGUCUGACAUUGUGGGAGGCAACAUGUACGGCUGGAACACGUGCCUGGUGCGUACGGGUGUGUUUCAGGGCAAAGACGGCGAGAACGACAAGAACAACCCUGCUAGCUUUGGUGUGUUCGACAACGUCUUGGAGGCUGUCAAGGCCGCGGUUCGAAGAGAGCUCGGCCAAGAGUUCAAGCUGAAGUGGAACCCCAAGGUGAACCCUAUCCUUAGUGGUGAUGACGAUUCGGCCGUUGAAUAG